UUUGCCCAGGUGUUGUAUGAUGACAGGAGGGGGGAGUAACGCAGACGAACAUGGGGACGUGAAAGUUGUAGGUGUGAAUAUGUGACAAAAGGGGGGGGUUAUUAUUAGUUAUGUAUUUCUAUGUUUCAUACUUUGUGCACUGAGUUUUAACACAUGCCAGUCGCCUCAGAAAGCAGUGAAAUGAUGACAUUGCGAGACUGGAGGCAAGCAAUCAGGACGCCAACAGCAUACCGUGUUGGGAACAGUACGUUAAGGAUUCAGACACAUUUCGUCAGCUUAAUUGCUGUUGGCGUUUUGAUAUUAUUAUUAGUAUUAUAUACUUAUAGUCCAUCUAGUCGGCAUAAAUUACGAAAUAUAGUUCUUACCCAAGACCACGCGUCUGUAGAUUACAACAUAAAAAAUUUGUAUUUACCUCCCAUAAAGCAAGAAUUUUAUAAUUUUUCUUAUCCAUUGACCCCAUCAAUGACAACACCAAAGGGUGUCAUGUUUCGUAUUGGUAUUAUAAGUGAUAUGGAUAAAAGUUCCAAACAGGCAAACGAAGAAAAUGCUUGGCGAAGUUGCUUGAAAAAGGGAUACCUGACUUGGAAUGCAAAAACAGAAAAAAUAUUAGUGACCUGGGAUGAUGUGGAACCUUUGACUUUAAAAUCCAACCUUGGCGAAUCUGGCAGGGGCAUGGAACUGUCAGAACUAGUAACAUUUAAUGCCAAAAUUUUAGCGUUUGAUGACAGAACGGGGGUGGUUUACGAAAUCGACAAUGAUAAAGUUAUUCCUUGGGUGGUACUACCGGAUGGUGAUGGAAGGACUUCAAAAGGUUUCAAAAUGGAGUGGGCUACAGUGAAGGAUCAAACCUUGUACAUCGGUGGCCUUGGUAAAGAAUGGACCACAAGUUCGGGAGAGCUUGUUAACUUCAACCCUCAAUGGAUUAAAACAGUCUCCGUGUCUGGAGAAGUUUCUCAUAUAAACUGGCGUGAUAAGUACAACAAGAUUAGACGUGCUGUAGGGAUUGAAUUUCCAGGGUACAUGAUCCAUGAAGCAGUUUCAUGGAGUACAUACCAUAAACGCUGGUUUUUCCUUCCAAGACGUUCCUCAAAAGAAAAAUAUGAUGAAAAUCUGGAUAAUGAAAGAGGAACUAACAUGAUUAUCACAGCUGAUGAAAACUUUGAUGAUAUAAAGGUUACUUUCGUUGGGGAAGUUGUUCCUACCCAUGGAUUUUCAUCUUUCAAGUUUUUGCCAGGAACUGAUGACAGUAUAAUAGUAGCACUCAAAACAAUGGAGACUUCUAAAGAGGUGCGGACAUUUGUUAUGGCAUUUACAGUUACUGGUAAAAUACUGCUUAAAGAAACUCCUGUUGCUGAGAUGAAGUAUGAAGGCCUUGAAUUUAUUUAAAAUUCAUGUUAUAUUAACAGGGUGAAGUUAACUUGUUCAUUUUGUACACAUGCUGCAGGCAUGAUUAGAGAUGACCUCAUGGAUGAAAAGAAGUACAGUCUUCUGUACUGAAUAGUCAUAAGUGUCAGUAAUGAAAUUUAGAACAUUACAUUAAAAUUUGUAAUUACCAUGAUCUGCAUUAAGUUCAUGCAGAAUAGUAUGUAAAAAAAAUGUGGCUGUGCUAAAGAAAGUAAUUUUAUUCUUGAAUGUAAGUGUACGUUGUAUAUUGUUAAAGAAUAAAUAAUUUAUUUCUGUAA